UUACCGUUUAUAUUCACACUUCUUCUACUUUUGACUUCUGUGAUUUACUGUCACGGAGGAGUCGUUGUCUCCGGCAUGUUGUCGAUAAUUGUCAUUUUACUGGUGAAUCUCCUCAUAGAGACUUCAGUGUCGUUGACUGUGGUGGUUCCUCCUGAUCCUAUAGAGGCUCAUGUGGGAUCCACAGUGAUUCUUCCCUGCUGGAUCUCUCCUCCUGAGAACGCGGAAGCUCUGGAGAUCCGCUGGUACCGUCCAAAUCAGUUCAGCAACCCUGUUCUGCUCUAUAAUCAUGGGAAGAUCCAGGACGUCCAGGAGGAAUCGUACAGGAACCGAAGCUCUUUGAGUCUGCGGUCAGAUCAGUCUGGUGGACUGAAGGACGGAGAUGUCUCUCUACGGCUGGAGAAACUCACUUUUCAUGAUGAAGGUUCAUUUCACUGUUAUGUGAGUGGAGAACAUUCAUAUGACAGUAAAGAGGUGGUUCUCAAAAUCACAGCUUUAGGAUCCGCUCCUGUCCUGUCUCCAAAGUCUCUAGAUGAUGGGCGUGUGAACAUCAGCUGCAGGUCCAGUGGCUGGUAUCCAGAGCCCAGCGUCUCAUGGACGUCAGAUGAAGGAAGGGUUCUCCGUCCUGGAGGAACGUCUCUCACUCGUGGAGAAGAUGAGAUGAUAUCUACCCACAGCUGGACGGCCGUCUCUCUCUCAGACGCUCAACUGGUCUCAUGUUCAGUCUCUCUCAGAACUGGAGAAUUAAAAGAAGGAAGACUGGACAUACAGGGCAUUGUGUCUCCAGGUCCAUGGAAGAUUCUCUUCCUCACGUUUCUCAUCGGUGCUCUUCUGGGUUUGGUUGUGUUCAUUCUUUACAAAUACAGACACAAACUAACAGGGAAGAAACCAGACAAAGAAAUGAAUCAGCUUCACAUCAGAAUUUUAUUGCGGUUGAUUAAGUGGAGUAUUUGUGUAAAUAAAUUGGUAAUUAAACCCUCAAAACGAAAUUCUCUUAUUUCAGUUUGUGAGGAGGGAACUACGGAGAGACUGACAAAAGAAGUUGUGGAAGACAUCAAUAUAGAGGAACUGAAGAAACAUGCAGUUGAGAUCACUAUUGACCGUGAGCGUUCACAUCCAGGUCUGAUUGUUUCUAGAGACUGUAAAAUGGUGAAGGAUCGUCCAGAAUAUAAACACACUGGAGAGGGAUUUCCAUUUGAAUUAUGUGCUUUUGGAGCCCAAAUAUUCACCUCUGGUCGUCACUAUUGGGAUGUACAGCUGGCAGUAGAAAAUACACCUCCCAAAAACUUCUGGAUAAUUGGUGUGGUAAAAGAGGGAAACCUUCCUAAAAAAGACAGUUCUGCUUUUACUGUGUCAUCUGGUUUCUGGUUCUUGUGUUCAGACGGUCCAUAUGGCUUUUACACCAACACUGAUCCAUUGAUUAGAUUCUCUCUGACACCGAGACCUGAACGACUGGGAGUUCUGUUCGAUUAUGAUGACGGUCAGCUGUCCUUUUACAACGUCACAGAGAAAAAACAUCUCCUGACCAUCAGCAGCAGAUUCUCUGGAUCAGUCGUUCCUCUCUUCAAUCCUGGUGUUGGUGAUCAGAGUCCGAUUACCAUCUUGGAUUGUACAAAACCUGUAGAAUCAGCUGAACCCAGUCAGCCUUUACUGAGUAACAUGGUAGCUGUAGAAUCAGCUGUAGAAUUAGUUGUAAAGCCCAGUGAUAAUCCAGAAACUGUAGAAUCGGCUGCAGAGUCCAGACAGUCUUUAACAAUAGCUCAGAAAGCCUGACUGACUAAUGCAGUUUAAACAAAUGGGUGAAUGUACAAUAAAAUAACAUC